AUGAGAAGCUUUCUAGUGCUAUGUGGACUCGUGGUCCUCGUCGUCGCGGUCUCCUCCAGGGAGAUCCGGGAGAAGAGAGAAGCUGAUCUGGAAGUCGCAGCCUCUGGUCAUCAUUGGGAUAAAGGUGGUGGCCAUGAACACCAUGGACACCAUCAUCACGAGCACGGUGACAACGAUCAUAAAGGGCAUAAGGGACACCACGAACAUCAUCAUGGCAAACAUGGUCAUCAUCACCAUGAGGGCCACAAGGGGCACCACGGAGAACAUGGUGGACAUAAAAAGCACCACCAUCACGAUGAAGGCUACCAUCAUCAUCACGGACAUGGUGAAAAGGGAGAGCAUGGUCACGGUCAUGAAGAACAUGGACAUUGGCACAAGGGACAUGAUACAAAAGGACACCAUGGCAUCGAAAAACAUGAUGAAUUCAAAAAGGACAAGCAUUUCCAUGAUCAUCAUGGAGAAAAAGGUCACCACUCCCAUCAUGGUGGUCAUCAUCAUGAGGGUGGAUACAAGAAGGGUGGUCAUUUCCACAAGGGACACAAACAUGGCGGUCAUCAUGAGCACCAUCAUGGUAAAAAGGGCCAUCAUGAGGAUGGAGGACACCAUCAUCACCACAAGGGUCAUCAUGGCGAAGGUGGUCAUCACGAGCACCAUCACCAUCACCAUGAACAUGGCAAAAAGGGAGGCCAUGAAGAUCACAAGCACUGGGGGCACAAAUCCGGCCAC